CCUCCUCUCACCCAUCUUCAGCCAGCUUGACCUCUCUGCGCGACUAGCAGCGUCCAGUCUCCUUCGCCGCACAUCUCCUCUCCUCGCCCGCACCACACCAGGGAGGAGAGCUUUUCAACUCGCCCGCUUUCUCCUGCGUCGCAUCCAGCCCCCCCUCCUCGCUCUUGCGCUGCGUGCCCCGCCGCCAAAUUGCGCGCCCAGCCAUGCCACGCGCGCCCUCCUCUGCUCCCAAGCGCAAGGGACCCGGUCCCAAGGGUCCCAUUGAGCGUCCCCUGCCGCUCGAUCCCUCGGCCGCGCCCGUCGCGCCGCGCUUCUCGCGCGGCGGCGGCGCAAAGGCGGGCGCUGGGCGGCGCAGCGGCGCAGCGCGCGCCGAGGCCCAGGUGGGCGAGCAUCUGGAUGAGGAGGAGCGCCAAGAGGCAGGCCUCAGAAUCACGGGCUCCACGGCAGGCGCGGCCAAGGGAAAGAAGGACGGAUUCGUCGAUGCGGCACUGAGCCGAAACAUCUUGAGACUGGCGCGCGAACAGGCAGAGGAGAUGGAGAUGGAGGCGGCCGAGGCGGCCGUCGUCGAGCAAGGUGCCGCCUCUUCUUCGCGCGCCGCAGGAGCGAUGCGGCAUGUGUCGCAUGAGGAGCACAUGGCCUCCGACGACGACGACGACGACGAUGACGACGACGCGCGCUUCAGCGACACGGGCUCGCUUCGCUCCGAUGAGUUCGGCGAUGCCUCAGUGGAGGAGUACGAGGAGAUUUCGCCCGAGGAUGCCGCCAUGCUGGCGCGCUUCGACGAGGAGAAUGGCUUCGCGUCGGGCCCGACGAGUGCGCAGGGAGGCACGCUGGCGGAGCUCAUCAUGGCGAAAAUCGCCGAUUCGGAGCAGGAGAGCAAGAAGGGCAUUCGCUUUGGACAGGGCGCCGUCGAUGGACAACAGAGGGGCGAAGUGCUGCCGCCGGGCGUGAAUGAGAAAGUGGCAGAGGUUUACACCAAAGUUGGCGAUCUACUCUCUCGCUACAAAUCCGGUCCCUUGCCAAAGGCAUUCAAGAUUAUCCCCUCGCUUCCCAACUGGGACGUCAUUGUCUAUCUGACGAAUCCUUCGACGUGGACGCCGCACGCGACGCUGGCCGCGACGCGCAUCUUUGCCAGCAACCUCAAGCCGGCGCAGAGCCAGAAGUUCUACCGCUUCGUGCUGCUGCCCAAGUUCAGAGACGAGGUCGACGAGACGGGCAAAUGCUCGACGCAGAUCUUUGAGAGUCUCGUCAAGAGCGUGUACAAGCCGGCGGCCUUCUUCAAGGGAGUCCUCUUUCCGCUCACCGAGGGAGGUUGCACGCUCAAAGAAGCCGCCAUUCUCUCCUCUGUCAUUUCGCGCGUCUCCAUCCCCGUGCUGCACUCUGCCGCGGCGCUGCUGCGCCUGGCCGAGCAGCACUACCGCGGCCCGACGUCGCUCUUCCUGCGCGUGCUGCUCGACAAGAAGUAUGCGCUGCCGUACAAGGUCGUCGAUGCCCUCGUCUUUCACUUUCUCCGCUUUGCCGAUCCCGACAUGGGCGUCGAGAAGAUGGAGGAUGGCACGAAGAGAAUGCCGGUGCUGUGGCAUCAGAGCUUCUUGGUCUUUUGCCAGCGAUACAAGCAAGACCUGACGCCAGACCAGAAGGCGGCACUCAUCGACCUGCUGCGCGUGCAGAAGCACGACUCGAUCGGCGCCGAAAUUCGCAGGGAACUGACGACGGGCAAGGCCAGAGGCGAGAUGCUCGAGGAGCCGAUGGAGGAGGACGAGGCGAUGAGCGUGUAAAGGGCCGAGGGAACGCGCAAUGUGAUGCCCAAUGCCGACACGUAUGCUGUGAAGGAGAGAGGGAGCUGCAGAGGGCUCACGAGGUACCCGUCUCGGGGUACUGGCUAGGCUCUCGCGUUGUGUCCCCUACCUGACACCCCCCACCAAUCCCCAGCCGAUGGAGGAGGACGAGGCGAUGAGCGUGUAGAUAG